AUGGCGAGACCGUUUGAGAUGAUAAACGACAUCAACGACAAAAAACAGUUGUGGAAGCUAGCUGUGAAAGUACAUCACAAAUGGAAGGUCACGCCAGCUACUAAAAAAUAUUUUGAAAUGCUUGUCGCUGACAAACGGGGCCAUGAUAUUCAUGUCAUUGUUUCCACUAUGUUUAGACAAUCGUUUGACUCUGCAUUAUUGGUUGAUGUGACCUACACCAUGUCUAACUUUCAAGUUCUGCCUAAUGACUUGCUAUUUCGACCUUCAAACCAAAAAUAUAUUCUGAAGUUCACUGGUGGGACGACUAUCAGAGAUGUUGGAAAACACGACAUCCCUGAUAAGAUUUGUAACUUGACCCCGUUUGCUGAUAUCAUUUUAGAAAAAUGGCAGAGGAAUCUCCUAACUGAUGUCAUCUAG